UGAUGCUGCUGAUCUAUUUGGGAAGUUGGCUGGCUCUCAAGGCAGAGUCUCUUCUCAAAGGCUGUUUCACAGUGAAAAUAUGCUCAGUGCAGCCGAGUGCAUGAAUGAAAAAGCCUCUGGUACCUUCUAGUCUGGCAAAAUGCAGCACAAAACUCAACUUACUCUGUCUUUUCUGCUGUCCCAGGUUCUGCUGCUUGCAUGUGCAGAAGAUUUAGAAUGCAUCCCUGGAUUCCAGCAGAAGGUUUUUUAUAUAGAAAAGCCAUUUGAAUUCACAGAGGACCAGCUGGUUCUGAACCUGAAAUUCGAUGACUGCAAGGGGAACAACAAAUUGAACUUUGAAGUUUCUAACCCAGACUUUACAGUGGAACUCGAUGGGAACUUGGUUGCACUCAAGAAUGUUUCAGAAGUUGGCAAAGCCUUGUUCGUCCACGCGCGGUCGGAGCACGCCGAGGACAUGGCAGAAAUCUUCAUCCUUGAAGCAAAUGAAAAACGUGGUGCAUUAAAGGAAAUCUUAAAACUAGAAGGCAACCUUGGAAUUCCAAGACAAAAAAGGGCUAUUUUGGCAACUCCAAUAUUAAUUCCUGAAAAUCAAAGACCUCCAUUCCCCAGAUUAGUUGGCAAGGUCAUCAGAAGUGAGGGGACCGAGGGAGUGAAGUUUCGGCUCUCUGGGAAGGGGGUGGAUCAAGAGCCAAGAGGCAUUUUUAGGAUCAAUGAGAUGAACGGGGACGUGUCUGUGACCCGGACCCUUGAUCGAGAAGCAAUCGCCAAUUACGAGCUGGAAGUGGAGGUGGUGGACAUGAAUGGCCAAACCGUGGACGGCCCAGUGCGCCUGGACAUCUCGGUCAUCGACCAGAACGACAACAGACCCAUGUUCAAGGAGGGGCCCUACGUUGGCCACGUCAUGGAGGGCUCUGCCACAGGCACCACGGUGAUGCGCAUGGCAGCGUUCGACGCCGACGACGCCAGCACCGACAACGCGCUGCUGAGGUACAACAUCCUGAGGCAGACCCCCACCAAGCCCUCCCCAAACAUGUUCUACAUCGACCCAGAGAAGGGAGACAUCGUCACCGUGGUGUCCCCUGCGCUGCUGGACCGGGAGACUAUGGAAAGCCCAAAGUAUGAGCUGGUUAUAGAGGCCAAGGACAUGGGGGGGAUGGAUGUGGGGCUGACAGGCACAGCCACUGCCACCAUCCUCAUUGAUGACAAGAAUGACCACGCACCAGAAUUCACCAAGAAGGAGUUCCAGGCCACGGUGAAGGAGGGGGUCACAGGUGUAAUAGUGAACCUGACUGUGGGCGACCGGGACGACCCCGCCACGGGCGCGUGGAGAGCUGUCUACUCCAUCAUUAAUGGGAACCCAGGGCAGAGCUUUGAGAUCCACACCAACCCCCAGACUAACGAGGGAAUGCUCUCUGUGGUCAAGCCUUUGGACUACGAGAUCUCGGCCUUCCACACGCUGCUGAUCAAGGUGGAAAACGAGGAGCCGCUGAUCCCAGACAUUGCCUACGGCCCCAGCUCCACAGCCACGGUGCAGAUCACGGUGGAGGACGUGAACGAGGGCCCCGUGUUCCACCCCAACCCCAUGGCAGUGAGCAAGCAGGAGAACAUCCCCGUGGGCAGCGUGGUGCUCACGGUGAACGCCACCGACCCCGACACGCUGCAGCACCAGACCAUCAGGUAUUCAGUGUACAAGGACCCAGCAGGGUGGCUGGAAAUCAACCCCACCAACGGCACGGUUGGCACCACGGCAGUGCUGGACAGGGAAUCCCCGUUUGUGCACAACAAUGUCUACACUGCUCUGUUCCUGGCCAUCGACAGUGGUAACCCUCCUGCCACGGGUACAGGAACUUUGCACAUCACCUUGGAGGAUGUCAAUGACAAUGUCCCAUCCCUUUAUCCAACGCUGGCAAAAGUUUGUGAUGAUGCAAAAGAUCUCAGGGUAGUGGUUCUAGGAGCAUCAGACAAAGACCUCCAUCCCAACACAGACCCAUUCAAAUUUGAGCUCAGCAAGCAAUCUGGCCCAGAAAAGUUGUGGAGAAUCAACAGGCUUAACAAUACCCAUGCCCAGGUCAUCCUGCUUCAGAACCUGAAAAAGGCCAAUUACAACAUCCCCAUCUCAGUGACAGAUUCUGGAAAACCUCCUCUGACCAACACCACAGAACUGAGAUUACAAGUGUGUACCUGCAAGAAAUCCAAAAUGGACUGCAGUGCAACUGAUGCUCUCCACAUCAGCCUGACCCUAAUCCUCCUUUCACUCCUCAGUUUAUUUUGUCUGUAAGGAUUCUGCCAUCUGAAGCUGUCCUACUGAGUUGCCGUGGCAACGAGAAGAAAGGAAAAAAAAAAAAUUAAAAAAACAACAAAACCAUCAGAUCUGAAGAUUGCAGUUUACAAUGACUGUUCUUCACUCCUCGGCCUCAGUUGCUCCAGUUCAGUUUGCAACCUCACCCAAUCUGUCCCACUGUACCUUGGUGCCCCUGGGCUCCUCCUGCAGGACACAAGGUUUACUCCAAAUUUUCUCUGAAUGUUAAAAGACCAUGACAUCCAAACCCGACCUUGGGGGAGCAGAAAAAAACAAACAAAAAAAAAAAACCAACAACAAACCAGAUUGACUCCAUUUUUUUCUAUCUGUUGACUUGUUGCUAUUCAACUGUUCAGAAAAUAUUUUGUCUGUGGGUUAGUAUUUGUAUAUGUAUGAGUGUAUGUAUAUAUAUAUAUUUAUAUAGAGAGAAGAGUUAUACCACAGGUUUAGCUUUUAUAAAAUGUUCAUCUGGAGCACGAGAAGGGAGGGAGCAGAAUGGCACAGCCACAGAUGAACUGCAGCUGUCCCACCGUGGCUAAACCUGCUGGGUUUGUUCUGCCACGGCCCCUCAGGGCCAGCAAACAAGAAAUGCAAGUGCCCAGGGCUUGCUCCUGAUCUGAGCUGCCCAGAGGGAGCUGAGGGUGCAGGAGGAGCAGCCAAGUGUGAGCCACGAGCAGCUCAGCCUGAUUUGAACUGGGGCAGGUGACAAAAUGUUUUCACCCAGAGCAAGGCUGAGUGCCUGGCAGAGCACUGAUCUCCCUCACUGGCAGUGAGCACAGUGCCCUGCUCUAGAAAUGCCCUCACAAACACACAGAUCCAUGCUUUGGGUAUAUAUAUACAUACAUACACACGUACACACCGUUUCCAGUUCAGAGUGACAAGAGCAUUUCUUUGUGUGUGUGAACUUGCCACACCUGUUUGCAGACAUGGGGAAAAAAAGGGUGUUUGUUCUCUAUGAAUAUGGAUCCUUUUUUAUUCUGUGAGCAUGUAAGGUCAAAAAGAGAAAAAUUCCUUCUAACUGUACGAAGAUGAUCAUCUUGUUAAUAAACUGUAAAUGAUCCAUCAAAGCUCACACCAAAUUUUUAUAAAAUUAACACAAAAAGUAUACUAGUGACAGACUGUGGCUUUUAUUAGAGCUUGCCAGUAACUAGGGUAAGGUAAGUGUCUUAGAAUAUUUUAAUAAACUUGCUUAUUUAAAGUUUAAACAAGAAAGCUUCCUUAUGCAAUAGAACUUUGCAGCUGCAUUCUUUAGUUAGCAUUUUUACAGUACUUAUGGGUCAUACUCGAUGGCAUCCUUCCCACAGUGAGAUUAUGAGCACAUCUUCCACACCACCUACAUGUUUCAAUAGUAAAGAUUUUUGGAAAAAAAAAAAAGUCCAGACAUACAUUUAGUUUCCCAUAACGCUACACUAGAUAUUAAAUGUGUGUUGGUGGUUAAAAUUUGCUGUACAAUAGCUUUUCUCCGACUUCCUGUAUUGUACCAAAUAUAAAACAGGUUCUUUUUUUCUUUCUUUCUUUUUUUUUUUUUUUUUUUUUUUUUUUAAUCAAAAGGAGUAAUAACAACAGCGACAGAGGAAAAAUGAGUUUGUGUUGUGAGCAAUCCUAACGCUGGAGAUUUCUUGAUAAGAUAUGAGCUGCCUUCAGAGCUGUUUUCCAGCUUAACUCCUGCAGUCCUGACCGAGUGAGACCUGCCCCUGGUGCCUCUGUGUCACCAAAGUGGCACCUCAGGGUCAGUGGGACAGGGCAGGGACACCAGGGGUGGCUCUGGCAGCUUCAGGAUCCCAGCAGGGAAGUGCCUGAUCCCAAACAUCAACAGGGAUAACAUGAACAGCUUCUCAUCCUCCCUCCCUGCCCAUGCCUUGUAUUGACCCUGUGCUGCUGCUUUGCCAUCAACAACCACGUCUUUCUCUUUAUUAAAAUAUAUAUAUUUUAUUUUCAAGCAAAUUUUUCCAAAAGGAACAAUUUAACUACUGUAUGGCACCUCUGGAAUUCCAACGUGUAUGUUCAAUGAAUGCACCCAAAGAUAUUCUGCACCCUGUGCUUUGAGCUGCAAAACCUCCAUCUUGAAUAAAAGAAAUUAUUAUAUCACCCUCCCCCACAAA